AUGUCAAGCAUGUGCACACCCGUCACAUACUCGUCCACCAGCCGCAGCAGCAUCUCCAGCGGCGCGGGUGUUAUGGCAAAACAUCAACGCUCUGCUGUUGCUACAGCUACAGGAACAAAGAAGCGCAAAGCAAAGCUGCCGAAUAGGGAAGAUUCCAUUGAGAAUGAAGAAAUGGUGACUGAACAUGAGGCUAAAACAGAUAGCAAUGACACCACUGAUGAGCCUGUUGUCCGCAAGAGACCAAAGAGGGCAGCUGCCUGUUCUAACUUCAAAGAGAAAGAAUUGGGCUUAUCCGAGGAAGAUUUAAUUAUCACAAUCAAGGAAAGUAGGGUGGAAGAGGAGGAAAUAGAAGCUGUUAGGUUGACAAAAACAGAACCCGAAGACCGUCGGCCUUCCAGAAAACUCAUUGAUUUCUCCUUGCAUGAUGCAGAUGGUAAUCUACAACCAUUUGAAAUGUCUGAAGUUGAUGAUAUUUUCAUGACAGCUCUUAUCCUGCCUUUGGACAAUGGUAUGGAAAAGGACAGGAAAAAGGGUGUACGCUGUUUAGGAUUUGGGAGAAUCAAGGAGUGGAUAAUUUCUGGCUACAAUGAAGGUACUGCAGUAAUUUAG